AUGACAGUUUUCUGUGUCCAGCUAGCUAGCAGAUUGCUUGUUACAGUGACAGUUUUCUGUGUCCAGCUAGCUAGCAGAUUUUUUGGUACAAUGACAGUUUUCUGUGUCCAACUAGCUAGCAGAUUGCUUGGUACAAUGACAGUUUUCUGUGUCCAACUAGCUAGUAGAUUGCUUGUUACAGUGAUAGUUUUCUAUGUCCAACUAGCAAGCCGAUUGCGUGGUACAAUGACAGUUUUCUAUGUCCAACUAGCUAGCAGAUUGCGCAGUACAAUGGCAGUUUUCUAUGUCCAACUAGCUAGCAGAUUGCUUGUUACAAUGACAGUUUUCUGUGUCCAACUAGAUAGCAGAUUGCUUGGUACAAUGACAGUUUUCUAUGUCCAACUAGCUAGUAGAUUGCUUGGUACAACGACAGUUUUCUAUGUCCAACUAGCAAGCAGAUUUUGUAGUACAGUGACAGUUUUCUGUGUCCAUAUAGAUAGCAGAUUGCUUGGUACAAUGACAGUUUUCUAUGUCCAACUAGCUAGCAGAUUGCUUGGUACAAUGACAGUUUUCUAUGUCCAACUAGCUAGUAGAUUGUUUGGUACAAUGACAGUUUUCUAUGUCCAACUAGCUAGCAGAUUGCUUGGUACAAUGACAGUUUUCUAUGUCCAACUAGCUAGCAGAUUGUUUGGUACAAUGACAGUUUUCUAUGUCCAACUAGCUAGCAGAUUGCUUGGUACAAUGAAAGUUUUCUGUGUCCAACUAGCUAGUAGAUUGCUUGGUACAAUGACAGUUUUCUGUGUCCAACUAGCUAGCAGAUUGCUUGGUACAAUGACAGUUUUCUGUGUCCAACUAGCUAGCAGAUUGCUUGGUACAAUGACAGUUUUCUAUGCCCAACUAGCUAGUAGAUUGCUUGUUACAAUGACAGUUUUCUAUGUCCAACUAGCUAGCAGAUUGCUUGGUACAAUGACAGUUUUCUAUGUCCAACUAGCUAGUAGAUUGUUUGGUACAAUGACAGUUUUCUAUGUUCAACUAGCUAGCAGAUUACUUGGUACAAUGACAGUUUUCUGUGUCCAACUAGCUAGCAGAUUGCUUGGUACAAUGACAGUUUUCUAUGCCCAACUAGCUAGUAGAUUGCUUGUUACAAUGACAGUUUUCUAUGUCCAACUAGCAAGCCGAUUGCGUGGUACAAUGACAGUUUUCUAUGUCCAACUAGCUAGCAGAUUGCGCAGUACAAUGGCAGUUUUCUAUGCCCAACUAGCUAAUAGAUUGCUUGUUACAGUGACAGUUUUCUAUGUCCAACUAGCUAGCAGAUUGCGCAGUACAAUGGCAGUUUUCUUUGUCCAACUAGCAAGCAGAUUGUGUAGUACAGUGACAGUUUUCUGUGUCCAGCUAGCUAGCAGAUUGUUUGGUACAAUGGCAGUUUUCUGUAGUCAGAAUGGGACUAGAUCAUACCAAACUAACGUGUUCAACUGGCUAGUAGAUUGCUUGGUACAAUGA